AGAAGAAGAGGAGAGUUGUUAAUAUCUCUUAUCUUGGUGUGCAUGUGAUGGGAUUUUGGAUGAGUCAUGACAUGAAACAACAGCACACCAGACAAGGACGUUUACCCCCAUAGAUAGGUUAGAUAACCGACCAAAAGUCUCUUUAGCCUCACUAGCAUUUGAGGGACCCCCUUUUGUUAAUAUCAUCAACCCAUCUUCAUUUAUUUAAGAUCUUCAACAAACCUUUUGACAGUUUUGGCCUUCCUUCCUUUCACUCCUUAGUAAACGCUUGAGAUAUAGAAUAAAUAUCAAAGGUUCUUACUUCUUAUUUCCUUCCUUCCAUUUUCCUUGUGAUUUUCAUUUUAAGCAGAGAGAGGGUGAGGAACUGAGGCACAGAAGAUGAGGGAGGUCAUAAGUAUUCAUAUUGGACAAGCUGGAAUUCAAGUGGGGAAUUCAUGUUGGGAGCUGUAUUGCCUUGAGCAUGGAAUUCAACCUGAUGGCAUGAUGCCAAGUGAUACCUCAGUUGGCAUUUCAAAUGAUGCUUUUAACACCUUCUUCAGUGAAACGGGUUCCGGUAAGCAUGUGCCGAGGGCUUUAUUUGUUGAUCUAGAACCUAGUGUUAUUGAUGAAGUAAGAACUGGUGAGUACAGACAACUCUUUCACCCUGAGCAGUUGAUCUCUGGCAAGGAAGAUGCUGCUAAUAAUUUUGCAAGGGGACACUAUACUGUUGGAAGAGAAAUUGUUGAACUAUGCCUUGACCGGAUCCGAAAAUUAGCGGAUAAUUGCACUGGUUUGCAAGGAUUCUUGGUUUUCAAUGCUGUCGGUGGUGGUACCGGUUCUGGUUUGGGAUCAUUACUUUUGGAACGGUUGUCUGUGGAUUAUGGGAAGAAGUCUAAACUUGGCUUUACCAUCUAUCCCUCUCCUCAGGUAUCUACUGCAGUUGUUGAACCUUACAACAGUGUUCUUUCCACUCAUUCUCUUCUUGAGCACACUGAUGUAGUUGUACUUUUGGACAAUGAGGCAAUAUAUGAUAUCUGCAGAAGAUCAUUAGAUAUAGAAAGGCCAACUUACACCAACUUGAAUCGUCUAAUUUCUCAAGUUAUCUCUUCCUUGACCACAUCCUUGAGAUUCGAUGGCGCAAUUAACGUGGACGUUACUGAGUUUCAGACUAACCUGGUACCAUAUCCCCGUAUCCAUUUCAUGCUUUCAUCGUAUGCUCCUGUGAUAUCUGCUGCGAAGGCCUACCAUGAACAGAUAUCGAUUCCUGAGAUCACCAGUGCUGUUUUUGAGCCAUCAAAUAUGAUGGCUAAGUGUGAUCCAAGACACGGGAAGUACAUGGCGUGUUGCCUUAUGUAUCGUGGAGAUGUUGUGCCCAAAGAUGUCAAUGCAGCUGUUGCAAAUAUCAAGACGAAGCGAACAGUUCAGUUUGUUGACUGGUGUCCUACUGGUUUCAAGUGUGGAAUCAACUACCAGCCUCCAACAGUGGUACCAGCAGGUGAUCUUGCCAAGGUGCAGCGCGCAGUUUGUAUGAUCAGCAACAACACUGCUGUUGCUGAAGUCUUCUCUCGCAUUGAUUAUAAGUUCGAUCUCAUGUACUCUAAGCGGGCAUUUGUCCACUGGUAUGUGGGUGAAGGAAUGGAAGAAGGUGAAUUCUCAGAAGCCCGGGAGGAUCUCGCUGCUCUCGAAAAGGAUUAUGAAGAAGUUGGAGCUGAAGGUGAAGAGGGUGAAGAAGAUGAAGAAGGUUAUUGAGAAUAGUCAAUCCAUAACUUACAUCUCCAUUCUUUAAUAUGUGGUGUAUCUUUGGGUGUGCAAUGACUUCCCUUGUCCAUUGUUUUAAGCAUCUUUCUGUUGUGUGCUAGCUUUGUUCUGAUGACUGUUUCAAGUCAAAAGGCGCGAUACAAUUCUUUUCCUCAUGAAUAAGGGUGGUAAAUGUAAUUUCGAAUCACUUGCUUUGUUUCUGUGUAGAGCAAAAAAAUUGGCUGGCUAGGAAUGCUGCAAAUUUCCAUUAUUUAAAAAGAAAAUAGAUAUUUUCUUA